AUGGCCCCCACCCAACGACUCAAACGAGGGGCAUCCUCCGCAAGGGGCCCUGCCUCCGCCGCCGCUCCCGUCCCGUUCGUUAAGGUUGAGGUCAGAGCCGACAGUACGUUCUCGCCACUCCCAUCCAGCCAUCGGUCCUAUAGUGAAUGCACGCCAAUGGACAUCGACCCUUCCAGUCAAGGGACACCGACACCGACACCGACUCCCCUAGUCAUAGACCUCACAGGCGAUGAUGAACCACCCACAGCCCAAUAUCGGGCGAGACGACUGAUGCAAUUGCCGCCUGUGCAAGAACCCGUCGUCCAACGCACGGAACCGUUUCCUCAAGAAUCAGGAACGAGGACAGCUGAUACUAGGACGGCGGGCAAACUCGAUAUCUUCAUGAGACGGCUAUCACAGCUCGAGGAGGGUCAUAGGAAUCACGUUACGGAGGUUAAGGGAUGCUUUACCCAGCUGUCAGAGAGGAUGGAUCACGCCGAGAGUCAACGCAAGGAGGAGGAGAAGAACCGUCAGCAGCAGCGUGAAGAAGAUCUGAGACUGCGUAAGGAGGAGCGUGAAGAAGAUCUGAGAAAACGCAAGGAGGAGCGUGAAGAAGAUCUGAGACAACGCAGGGAGGAGCGUGAACAAGACCUGGGACGGCGCAGGGGGGAGGAGCAGAACAGUCACGGACGGCAUUGCCAAUUGGUUGGGUUGCUCGCGCAGGGCAUCCACAUGGUCCAUCAGAAUAUGGGGGGGUCCAGUUCUGCUACUUCAUAUCGGUCUCACAUCCGACCUUUCAACAUGCCGCCGCCGCCGCCGCCCGCAGCGGGGCCUAGUACAAGGGCUGUGCCUCGGAGCGCGAAUAGGGCAUGUUAUCCGGCUACGUCCCCCCGGCCCGCGUACAACAACCCCCGUAACUCGAAAGGCCGGAGGAGGAGGCGGAGCACCGCCCACGCCUGCGGGGCCGGCGCACACACGCCCUCUGCCAGCACUGCAGGCAUAGCUGCAAGGGGCACGGGGGCUGUGCCCGGCGGCAUCCCGACCGCCGACGGAGCCACGGGCCCAGUCCAUACCAUCAAUUCUGCGACUAGAGUUUAUUCCACCACCGCGACGCAAACCCAGCAUUCUCCAUCCCCACAGGCAUCGUCCAGUACUGCACCCGGCAGCAGGACUGACAACCGCCCGGAGAGUCGCAGCAGCGGGACCGAUUAG